AUGCCACGUCAAAGAAUUAAUCGAACAGGUCAUCGAACAAAAAGAUUCAAAAAUCAAAGUUCAAUUAAUUCAUCGCAACUUAAUCCAAUUGAUUCUUCGGAUACUUCACCACAACAGACUCCAAAAGAAAUUGCUGGAUACUAUUAUGAUCAUGAAAAAAAUAGGUAUUUUAAAAUAAUGCCAAAUAAGACGGUUGGAUCAAGUCACCCUUUUAGCGCUGAUUCUAUUGGGACAAAGACGAAAAAAGCUGAAGAGGUGAAAGUUAUAAAAUUUUCAAGCGCAAUGUCCCUUCUUUUUGACCGAGAAAUAAACCCCAAUAAACCCAUUAAUGUUUCAAAAAGUGAAAAUCGACAAAUUUUAGUAAAGUCAUUACGUCAAAUUGGUACGAUUAAGACAAAUACCAUGGAACGUUUAUAUAUAAAGGAUUUUCGGAUCCAUCCAUCUAUGAAUAAAAUAUUUUAUGGGGAUACAUCUGGAGUCAUAAGUCAGAUUAAGUUUAAGUGCGCAUCUGAAUCAUGCGUGGAAGAUUAUAAUAUACAGAUGCUCAAUUUUUCUUCAGAGAUAACAUCAAUGCGCUUGGAACGUACGAAUUUAUUGAUAGGCACCUCACUGGGUGAUCCAGUUAGCUCGGGCGUUAUGUUUGUUGCAAAAGUAUGUUCAGAAAUUGAUCCUUAUGGCUUGGAACCAAAAUAUGCUUAUAAUAGUCGUUCGACAAUCUGGACCUCUUCAUUUUCAGAGAUAGACUCUUCCAUAGCAGUGGGCUCAUCACAAAAAUUGUCUGUGAUACAAGGAUGGCAAGAAACGCCAUUUAUUAGUAAUUUUAAGACAUAUAGUGAUGUUUUCGCUUUGGACUUUGAUCGUUAUCAGCCUAAUGUAGUUUUCUCGGGUUGCAGAGAUGGGAGAUUACGUAUAUUUGAUUUACGUUCCGAUUCACGUCAUGGAAUUGGACCGAUGAUUGACCAAAAAUCCCCAAUUUGUCAUUUAAAACAAAUUGGCGCGUGGUAUAUUUUAUCAGAUGGAAUGAAUGGAUCUGUUUCCUUGUGGGAUAUUCGAAAUGAAAAGAAGAAUUAUGAUAAAGCUUACGAUAAUAAACCAGUUAUAGAAUUUGAGAAAAAUGUCAAUUCGACCAAUAUUCAGUAUGGAUUUGAUAUAAAUUUAAAAGAGGACAUUUUAUCAAUAGCUGGCCAAGAUAAUAAAGUUAGGUUUUUCUCUAUAAAUACUGGAAGAGCCAUAAGACCUCCAAUUGGACCAUUCAAGGAUAAAAUACCCGCAUUAAGAUUUUGCACGUGGGACCCAUCAAUUUCCAAUCCUAAAUUGGAUGAGAGGGGCGAAGGUAUCUGGAUUGCCUCCGGAGAAGAACUCCAAUGGUGGAGCGUUGGCAAUGAUAUGAAACAAGAUUAA